AUGAAAUCCAAAAGAAGCAAAAGUAACGAUUAAGUUUAAAAAUAAGUCAAAUGUAGCAAGUUUAUUUAUAAUUAUAGUAGUUGAAUAAUAGACAUGGUAAGAAGGAAAAUAAGAAGAAAUAGGAGUUUAGUAUAUAGAUAAUAAUCUAAGAUCAAUAAAAUUUUUUGUGGAAUAUACAAAAGACAAAUAAAUAAAAUAUAUUGUGGAUGGAAAUAUAUUAAGAGAGUAAUUCUUAAUUUAAUAAAUAAAUUAGAUAAUAAAUCAUUGAUACAACAGUUUAGCCUGAGAUUAUGAGAAACCUAGAAUAAGUUAAAUAUCUUAGAUGGGAAGGAGAGUUUGGAAAGAAUAAACAGAAAAUUAAAAAAUGGAAUGCUUUUUGGAGAGAAUCUAAUUUAAAUGUUGGAGGAAUGUAUAAUGAAAACGGUUAAAAAUAAGGAAAAUGGAUAGAUUUAUUUCCAAAUUUCUUUGAGUAAAUUUUUCAUUUAUUUAUUUAAAUAAGCUUAUCUAAGGUUACUAUUUAAGGAAUGUAUAAAUAAGGUUUAAAAUAAGGAGAAUGGGUUUAUUAUUUUGAAAAUUAACAAAUGUAAAUUUUAAAACUUAAUUAUAGAGCUAAUGGAAUUUAUAAUGAAAAUGGAUAAAAAAAUGGAACUUGGGUUGAACUUUGUGAUUAUUAUAGUAGGUUAAAAUAUAUUAAUUGUUAGAGAUAAUGUUUUAACUUAUAGAGGAAAAUAUAACAAUGGGGUAAAAUUUGGUAAAUGGGAUACUUAUUUUUAAUCUGAUUUUGCUGAUUAAAAAUAAUUGAUGUAAGUUUAUCAAUUUAUAUUGAUAGUGGUGGAGGAGAGUAUAAUAAAUAAGGAGAAAAAAAUGGGAAUUGGAUUGAAAUACAUGAAAAGGAUUUUAGGUUUUUGAUGUAUGAUAACAAUUAGUAUAUGCGACAUUUAUUAUUUGGGAGAAUAUAAAAAUGGCAAGAAAUAAGGAAAGUGGGACACUUAAUUUAGUUAUAUGAGUGUUGAUAGAGAAUAUUAAAUUAUGUAAUAUGAAUACAAACUUAAUCUUAGAGGAGGAGGCUCAUAUGAUGAAAAUGAAUUAAAAACAGGAUAAUGGAUAGAAUUAGAUGAAAAUUUUAAAGAGUAUUAAAUAGAAAUUUAUAAAAGCACAUCCUAGAUUAUUUUGGAAGGGGAAUAUGUUUAAGGGAAAAAAUAAGGAAUGUGGACAAUCAAAUUUAGAUUAAAUGAAAAACAUAAAUUUAUUAUAAUGUAUUUAUCUGCUUAUUGAUAUUUAGAGGAGGAGGGAAUUAUGACAUUUAUGGAAGAAAAAUUGGCAAAUGGAAGGAUACAAAUGAUAAUUUCUUGAUGUAAAUUAAUAAUUUUAUCCUUUACAAUUAGAUAAAAUUAAAUGAUCGAGACUGGAGAAUAUGAAAAUGGAAAAAGAAAAGGAAAAUGGAUAACAAAGUACAGGUAUAAAAUAAAGGACACUUUUGUUAAAAUGUAAUAAUUAUUAUUAUAUGAAGAGGUGAAGGCAAUUAUGAUGAUUUAGAAGUUAAAAACGGAAGAUGGGUAGAACCUUUUUAAAACUUUCAUAGGUAUUUAAUUUAAAGAUAUUUUACUUAGUAUUUGUUAGGUAACUUUGGUUGGAGAUUAUUUAAAAGGAAAUAAAAUAGGCUAAUGGAAAAUUUAAUUAAGAUAUCAUGAAAAAGACAGAUUUAAAUAAAUGUUUUAAUAUAUUUUUUAUAAAUUUAGUGGUGGAGGGGCUUAUGAUGAAAAAGGAUUUAAAAAUGGUUAAUGGUUGGAAUUGAUUGAUAAUUUUAAGCUGUAAAUUUUUUUCUAAAAUCAGUUCUAAUUAAGUAAUUCUGUAAGGAAAUUACUUAAAUGGUAAGAAAUUAGGCUAAUGGAAUAUACUAUAUAAAAAGAAUCCAAAACAAGAUUUUUAAAUUAUGUAAUACUUAUUUUUUUUUAAUUUUUCAUAGUGCAGGGGGUCAAUAUAAUGAAAAAGGUUUGAAAAAUGGUAAUUGGAUCGAUUUGGAUUUUGGUUUUUGUUUUGGGGAAUAUACAGGAGUAUUGAAGGGAGAGUAUAAAAAUGGUAUUAAAAUUAAAGAAUUCGAAGAAGAUAUUAUAAAUAAAGCCUGA